UUGUGAGAGUGCGUGUGUGAGCUGUGGGCAGUGCUGACUUCUGAGUGUGGUCUUCUAGGCGAUAGGUUGUGUGUCCAAGUGUGAUGGUGUUUGCGCUGUUUGGUGUGGAGAUUUGGAUUCUUGGAGGCCCUUCUGCGUUUUCAUCGUUGUAUAUAAUUAUGAUCGUUUGCCUUCUCGAUAUGUGUGUUGGGUUGCUUGGCCUUUGCAAUUGUGUUUGGUCUCCUUGUUGUGGCGGGCGUGUGUGAUUCUGACUACGUUGGGUUGUGCGUCCACAAGCGAUUGCGUUUGAUCGAUUUCGUUGUGUCGUUCUGGACAAUGUUUGGGCCUGACCGAGUCCGCUUGUGGGGCAGUGUUGGGUUGUGCUUACUUUGCUUGCCUUCUAUGGGGCUGGACUGCGUGUGGCCCUGUCCGCACCGGGUUGUGUGCCUGUGUGCUAGUGUCCUUUGGAAGAGCAUUUGUAAAUCGCUGGGGGGUGGAGGGGAGGGCGAGCGAGCGAGGGAUGGAUGCGCAAGUUGAGGAGGCGGCAUGGGGGCGGAGAGAGGGAUUUCACAUUUUAUUCCAAAUUAUGAUGUAUUCGGAAGCCAGUGUUGACUUGGAUGGGCAGCGCGAUCAGCGGCUGCUCUGUCCGGAGGCCAGCCUCGGUGUUGGAGGGGUUUGUUAGUGAGUGGGGGGUUCUUCCAGGCUGGAAGCUGAGCAGCGCUCGCGGAGGCCCGCGCCUUCAAGCCGGUAGCUGCCGGCUUCGGUUCCCGCCGCACUCAGGCUUCGUCCAUUUCUGACCGCCCAGGACCACACCGCGGCCUCACUGCCGGUCUGUCGGUGAGACGGGGGAAAGCAGAGACCCCCUUCCGCAAGCUGGACCUCGGCUCCCGCCCCUCUCCCGCCAGAGGAGUGGAGAUCCUAUUUAGAGGGGCCGGUCUCUCUAAAUAUGCCCCAGGAUGACGGAGCGGCCGCCGAGCGAGGCGGCACGCAGUGACCCCCCGCUAGAGGGACGGGACGCGGCCGAGGCCCGCAUGGCCCCCCCGCACCUGGUCCUGCUGAACGGCGUCGCCAAGGAGACGAGCCGCGCGGCCCCCGCGGAGCUCCCGGUCAUCGAGCUGGGCGCGCGCGGCGGCGGCGGCCCGGGAGGCGGCCCCGCCGGUGGGGGCGGCGCCGCGCGAGACUUAAAGGGCCGCGACGCGGCGGCGGCGGCCGAAGCGCGCCAUCGGGUGCCCACCACCGAGCUGUGCAGACCUCCCGGGCCCGCGCCCGCCUCGGCCCCCGCGGAGCUGCCCGGCGACGGCCGCAUGGUGCAGCUGAGCCCGCCCGCGCUGGCGGCCCCCGCCGCCCCCGGCCGCGCGCUGCUCUACAGCCUCAGCCAGCCGCUGGCCUCGCUCGGCAGUGGGUUCUUUGGGGAGCCAGAUGCCUUCCCUAUGUUCACCACCAACAACCGAGUGAAGAGGAGACCCUCCCCUUAUGAGAUGGAGAUUACUGAUGGUCCCCACACCAAAGUCGUGCGGCGCAUCUUCACCAACAGCCGGGAGCGGUGGCGGCAGCAGAAUGUGAACGGGGCCUUCGCUGAGCUCCGCAAGCUGAUCCCCACGCAUCCCCCAGACAAGAAGCUCAGCAAGAAUGAGAUCCUCCGCCUGGCCAUGAAGUACAUCAAUUUCCUGGCCAAGCUGCUCAAUGAUCAGGAAGAGGAGGGCACCCAGCGGGCCAAACCUGGCAAGGACCCUGUGGUGGGGGCUGGCGGAGGGGGCGGGGGCGGAGGGGGUGGCGCGCCUCCAGAUGAUCUCCUGCAGGACGUGCUGUCCCCGAACUCCAGCUGUGGCAGCUCCCUGGACGGGGCAGCCAGCCCGGACAGCUACACAGAAGAGCCGGCCCCCAAGCACACAGCCCGCAGCCUCCAUCCUGCUAUGCUGCCUGCCGCGGAUGGAGCCGGCCCUCGGUGAUGGGUCUGGGGCCACCCAGGACCAGCCAGGAGGGUGCCCUCAGGCUGCUGGGACCAUGGACUUUAGGUGGGGUGAGGAUUGGGCAGCUCUGAAGCAGGGCAUGGACUUGAUGAGCUUUCCUUGAUGCCUGAACUUUGGGAAGUCCCAACUGCCUCUGAGGCUGGCUUUCCUGUUUCCUGCCUCAGUAGGAGAACAGAAAAAUGGAGCAAAGUGGUAGGUACUUUUUAUGAAGACGGCACGGUCUUCCCCUUUUUCCAGAUCCCUGAGACUUCUCAAGUAAGAGGUUCGAGUGCAUUGCUUUGGCCUGGAGCACGGGAGCCCUGUCUUUGCUGCCUCCUGGGGUUGUCAGCGCUCUCCUGAGGUGUCCGGCAGCCUCUGCCUUGCCUUUAGCCCCUCCCAAGUUGGCUGGGGUGGCUUCUGUGGCCACACUGUCCAAAUACAUAGGUACCCAAUCGCUGCCCAUUUCUUGAGCCCCAUCUUCACCCAGGCCCAUAGCUAUUGGUCCAUCCAGCUCGCCAGCUGCUGCAGAGAGUCACAAGCCUCGAGGUGCCUUCUUCAGGGCCUGGUUGAAGAAGAUGGCCAGUGGACAGUCUGCUCUCGACUAGCUGGGCCGGAGGGUCAGAAGACCCGGAAGCCCUUACUUCUUGCCCUGGGGAUCGAAGCUCUGCUUUCUCCCCGCUGAGACUUGCCUUCCUCAUCCUUGUGGCUGUGGGGACCGAGUCUGCGGCUGUGAGCGUGCCCUGUGGGCUUUGUUUGAAGGCAGACAACGGAGAGAUGAUGAGAGUGAAACUGAGCAAGAGCUGUUUGGGGCACAUGGGCUUCAAACCAUGGUGGUGUCUCCGAGCUACCUGCCUGCAUUCUCCGCGGCACGCUGCUGUUGGUGUGCGGAGCAGCUGCCAGUGUGCUGAUUGGUGUGUGUUGGUGCUGAGAGUAGACGUGCAGCCCCGUCUUGUGUUCUCGUAGCUGCUCAGAGGGGCCUCCCUGCUGCAGGAUGUCUGCUGACAUUCUGAUCUGUGUUCUGAAACUGAAUCGACAAGUUCUGUCCUAUGAAUUCCUGGCAUUUGGGAUUUUGCUUGACUUCAGUUAUUUGUGGGAUCUCUAGGUCUUGAUAUGACUCAGGAUCUAGCCCCACUUUCUAGGGCCUGGGGAACCCAGUAAGAGACCAGGCCCUGGCUGAGACCCAAACACAUUCACAUUCGCUUAGCAGAACUUUCAACAUCCCUAAGUGUGCACAUUUCAGUCAUCAAGGGUGUGUAUGGGGGGCCGGCUUAACGCAAUAGGAGCGCUCCCUGCCAAAAGUUGUACAUGACAUUUUUGUAAAUCAAACCCUUAUCCUUCAUCUUUUAAAGAAAUACUGCCACAAGUCCCUUGGUAAAGUGGAGAAUCCUUUUAUAGAGUGGACCGCUGCCCCCUCAUUGGUCAUUGAUCUCCUGUGUCAGUCCAGACGGUGGGACAUGGUUUUCUUAAGGCGAGACCUGCCUGUGAUCUACAUCAGAAGCCCAUGGAACAAACUGCCCAUGAGUCCUAUAUACCUGUCAUUGUGCCGUUAGGUCACCCCAGCUGGCUCUGACCAGGCUUUGCCUUUGAGGUCAGAGGGAAAACGAUGCUCUGGCCUUGCCCCGUCCGUAGCGAGGUGAAAGAGCCAUCGCUGCGGCUGUCAGGAAAGGCUGUCACACUGUGUGGACUCCAGCCUGGCGGCUUCCCUCACCAUGGCGGGGCCUUGCGGACAGCCACGUGCGCACGGGGAACGAUCCCUGCUCCCUUCCCCUUCCUUUUAAGUGGUGAGGUCCGGUUUGUGGGGAUGGGAGCAACAUGGUUAACCCUUGUAGCACUCUCUCUGUCCCAUUUCAGUGCCCCCCCCAGAUCAUAUUUUGAGGAACAUUAGGGUUGGUUCCUUUCCGAUAUUUGGAAGCUUCUGUGAGGAAUUCCACCUGUCUAAAGAUGGAGUGUCUGUUCUAGGUCCUAAGGCUGGGUUUGCUUCCAGUGGAUUAAUUUGACCUGGGAAUGAAAAAGUGUCCAGAGUGAGCAUGGGUGGGUGAGUUUUAGGAGAUGGGUCACACAUUCUAUCAGGAACUCGAGCCUCUGGCUUCCGCUUCUUUGAGACUUGCAGUGUGACCUGGAAAAGUUAUCUCUCUGAGUGUCCAUUUCUCAUAAAUACCCUGGCUUUUGGCCUGUCUCCCAGGGCUGUGGGGUGGACUGAAUGGAAUCAAGAAAGCAGAAGCAUUUUGAGACCAUAAGGAACUCUGUUCGCCUUCAGUAUCACGCCUGCAGCAGGAUUUCCCACGCUGAGUCCAGGACCUAAGCAAGUGGGCCAGUCUGCCUGACUGCAUAGUAUUUGGGUGAUUUAGGUUCUAAACCACUUUAGCCUGAAUUAUCUAGAUGUCCUUCUCUCCCCAGAUUGACCUCAUUUCGGUCUCAUUCCAAAGCAAGGCACAGGAGGGAGACGAGAAAAGAGAUAUGGGAACAGAGGCAGAAUAUGGAAAAAGUACUCCAGCGUCUCAAGACGGGCCUGGGGAGGGGUGGGCAAAGCUUCAUGUCUUUGUUAAGAACUAGAGAAGAUCCACAAUUUUCACUUUCAUUUCCGACACCUCCCCCUACCAUCCUCUUCUCCUUGCCCUGCCUCCUCUUCAUUCUCCAUCCAAGAAUAAUAUCUGUACAAAAGGGAAAAAAUGUAAAGGUGAGAAACAGAAGGACAGAGAUGAUUGUUAAUGACCGGAGGGAAUCACAUCUUUUAAGCCAAAUUCAUAUUCUUUUAUUUGUAGUGGCGGACGACGAGAUGGUACAACCUUUAUCCUUUUCUGAAAGCAGAACAAAGGGCACAGCAUCUGUAGUCAGCUGACAACUGUCUCAGCCUUCGGGGGUGGUCUCGUCGUACUUGUGAUUUCGGUGGUACGUGGCCCCCCGCUGAAGGCUUGCCCCCGGCCCAUGUACAUAGUGCAGUGUUCCUGUGGGCGGGCCCAGCACUUUCCGUCAAUGUUGUACUGUACGUGAUGCAUUGCGUUGGUCUCUGCAUUUUUCUGCAGAAGAGGAGUAACCACUCCAGGUACCUUGACCUUUGUAUAGCCCGGAGGCCAACACUGUGGGCGUCUGACUCUUUAGCGACAAAACCCAUAUGGCGAUGAUGUGUGUAUAUAUAUAAGGAUAUAUUGGUAAGAUUUCUAAAUAAAAGUUUUACA